AUGAAAAAUAAAAUAAAGUUAUUUCUAGUGGAGGGAAUAAAUUAAUAUUAGUAUUUGAAUAUUCAGAAUAGAAUACAAAGUGGAUGGUAAUAUAAAAUAUUGAAUUUGAUUUUUAAGGUUUGCGAUUAUGUUUAUCAUAGAUAAUCUUUUCACAUUUCAAUCUUAUAAAGGCAAUCAAAUGUAUGUUUAUGAGAUGAAUUGUGUGACUAAAUAGUUCACGAACACUAAAUAUAUUACUGUAAAUAAAAGUGAUGAUGAUUAUACAUAUUCCCUUAAUGUUAUAUUAAAUCAAAAUAGUUCCUUGUGGGCAAGUGUAAUAAUUUUAUCAAUUUAAUAAGAAAGACAGAUAAUGAUGAGUUUCAAGUUGAGUAAGCUAUUCAAUUUAUAAAGAAUGCUUAUUUGGGCAAAUGAUUGAUGAUGGAAAAUAUUUGAUUACUUAGGAUUAAGCAUCGAAAGAAAUAUAAAUUAGGAAAUGCAUCCAAGAAUGA